UGAGGAACAGUAGUAAAUGGCGGUCUGCAACUUAAACCCAAACCUCUGGAGAUUCCCGUUGCAAGGAUUAUCAUUGCAGAAAUUUUCGAGCUUUUCAUUUCUUGAAUCUCCAAUUUGUUUAAAGGCGAAAAGGUGUGGUUUUUGCAUCAGGGCAAAGUUCUCAGAAGCACAAGCUGGUAAGGUGAAGGGAAGUUAUGGAGACACAGUGAAGAGUAGGAAGGAAGUAAAGAAAGUGGGGAAGAACGAGCAUCAUUUGUGGAAGAAGAAUGACUCUGCUGGCUCCGGUCAGAAAGCACUUAAUCUUGUCCGAAUGCUCUCUGGACUCCCAAAUGAAAAAGAAGCUGUUUAUGGAGCUUUGAACAAAUGGGUAGCUUGGGAGGUUGAGUUUCCAAUCAUUGCUGCAGCUAAGGCUUUGCAAAUCUUGAGGAAGAGAAGCCAAUGGCACCGUGUGAUUCAAGUGGCUAAGUGGAUGCUAAGCAAAGGCCAAGGCGCUACAAUGGGAACAUAUGAUACACUCUUAUUGGCAUUUGAUAUGGAAGAAAGGGCUGAUGAGGCAGAGUCCUUAUGGAACAUGAUCCUGCACACGCAUACACGGUCUAUCCCGAGACGCUUGUUCGCUAGGAUGAUAGCUUUGUAUGCCCACCAUGACCUUCAAGAUAAGGUUAUAGAGGUGUUUGCAGACAUGGAGGAGCUAAAGGUGAGGCCGGACGAAGAUACAGCGAGGAGAGUAGCACGAGCUUUCAAGGAACUCGGCCAAGAAGAGAAACGGGAACUGGUUCUUAGGAGGUAUCUCUCUGAAUACAAAUACAUCUACUUCAAUGGAGAAAGGGUUAGAGUUAAAAGAUAUUCAUCUGAAGAUUGUUGAUUUUUAUUCUCUUGUAUAUAUUACCCAAAGUUCUUAAUGUGUUGACUGUAGUUUCUGAACUGUGAAUUUUAUAAAGAAGAUUGUAAAAAGGAUAUCAGUUAUCCCUUUUUGUUGAUAAAACAGAUGAAUUGUCAGUGUGCA